UGUGUAACUGGUGUCAUUAUUCAUUUCCGGCUGACAGAAACCAGACAACAAAGAAAUGCAGCAAGCUCUCUUUAGUUCCUCCAAAACCGUCUCUCGUUCACUCACCUUCCCGCCAAAACCUCCAUUUCUCUUCUUCCGUUCCUCCUCCUCAUCUCCGGGCCCACCCCACAAGCAACAGCCACCUCGUACUUGCACUUCCGCGAUUGGUUCCCCGGCACGAGUUCAAAAACUUAUAUCCGCCCAGUCCGACCCCCUCCUCGCCAAAGAAAUCUUCGACUACGCCUCUAAUCAACUCGGUUUUCGCCACUCUUACUCUUCGUUUCUCGUCCUCAUUCUCAAACUCGGCCGAUCCAAACACUUCUCUCUCGUCGACGACCUUCUCAUUCGCCUUAAAACCGACAGGUACCCUGUAACCCCGACUCUGUUUUCUUACCUUAUCAAAAUCUACGCCGAAGCAAAUUUACCCGAAAGGGCUCUCAAAACAUUUUACAAGAUGCUUGAAUUCAACAUCAAGCCUUUGCCCAAACACUUAAAUCGCAUUCUCGAACUGCUUGUUUCUCAUCGUAACUUUCUGAUGCCUGCCUUUGACCUUUUCAAGAACGCUCACAAACACGGGGUUUUACCCAAUACGAAAUCUUACAAUAUUUUAAUGGGUGCGUUCUGUAUGAAUGGGGAUUUGAGUGUUGCUUACAAACUGUUCAACAAAAUGUUUGAGAGAGAUGUUGUGCCGGAUGUCGAGUCGUAUAGGAUAUUAAUGCAAGGGCUAUGUAGGAAGAGUCAAGUGAAUACAGCUGUGGAUUUGUUGGAAGAUAUGUUGAAUAAAGGGUUCAUACCGGACUCGUUGAGUUAUACUACCUUGUUGAAUAGUUUGUGUAGGAAGAAGAAGCUUAGGGAAGCUUAUAAACUUCUUUGUAGAAUGAAAGUUAAAGGGUGUAAUCCUGAUAUUGUGCAUUAUAAUACGGUUAUAUUGGGUUUCUGUAGAGAAGGGAGAGCUCUGGAUGCGGUUAAGGUUCUUGAGGAUAUGCCUUCAAAUGGAUAUUUGCCGAAUUUGGUUUCUUAUAGGACUUUGAUAGGGGGUUUAUGUGAUCAAGGGAUGUUUGAUGAGGCUAAAAAGUAUAUGGAGGAAAUGUUGAUAAAGGGGUUUUCUCCACAUUUUUCGGUUUCUCAUACUUUAGUCAAGGGGUUUUGUAAUGUUGGUAAGAUUGAGGAAGCUAUUGGAGUGUUUGGGGAAAUGCUGAAGUAUGGGGAAGUGCCACAUAUGGAUACUUGGGUAUUGAUAAUUCCUAGGAUUUGUGAAGAUUAUGAAACGGAGAGAAUGGGGGAAAUUCUAGAAGAGGUUAUGAAGGUAGAAAUUAAACGAGACACAAGAAUAGUAGACGCAGGCACUGGAUUGGAGGAUUACCUCAUUAGGAAAAUACGAUCUAGAUCAAAGAGACCUUGAAUAGCAUUACAGAUACUGCAAAUUUUUUUUUUUGAAAUUUACAGAUACUGCAAAUUUAAUUGGCUAUCUGCCCUCGGAAUCUUUGAAUUUUCUUAAUCCAGGGUAUGUGGAAGAUUGGCUGUUCUAGCCACCCAUUACGGGAGCCUCUUGAAAAGAUGCAUUUUGCUCAGUGAUUUUUGGAUCCAUAGAAAAGCCACCAACAGAAGCUUAUGGUAUUUUUCAUUGAUAACAGGCGGUUUGAUUGAAUAUAGGUGCAUUCUAUGACAGUUUUCACAAAGAAUUUCCAUGGUCCACCUAAUUUUUGGCUGGUAUCAGGUUUCUUGAAGCUCCAACAUUAGAAUCAGAUUGUUGGUUACUGUUGUGAAAGUUUCUUCAAGCAAUUUUAGGUAACCGUU